CGCGCUUAUAGGCGCGUCCACGUUGUGUAUCGAGAGUGUGAGCGAGACCGACAAUUCAUCAUCAUAGUCCAUUCAAUUUCCACCCAGACGUUGACCUAUUCAGAGCUACAGCAAUGGCCUCCGGUGUGAAAGUCACAGACGAUGUUAUCGCCGUCUUCAACGACAUGAAAGUGCGUAAGGCUCAGGCGAACGAGGAGGAGAAGAGGAAGAGGAAGAAGGCCAUUCUGUUCUGCAUGAGCAAGGACCUCAAGAACAUUGUUCUGGAUGAUGGUAAAGAGAUCUUGCUGGGUGACUUGGGAACCACAGUCCAGGAUCCAUACCAGCACUUUGUGAAGAUGCUGCCCCCAGACGACUGCCGCUAUGCCCUGUAUGAUGCCACCUAUGAGACCAAAGAAACAAAGAAGGAGGACCUGGUCUUUAUCUUCUGGGCUCCAGAAAGUGCCCCCUUGAAGAGCAAGAUGAUCUAUGCCAGCUCAAAAGAUGCGAUCAAGAGAAAAUUUGAAGGUAUUAAGCACGAGUGGCAGGUGAACGGUUUGGACGACCUCAAAGACCGACACACCCUGGCAGAAAAGCUUGGCGGCUCGUCAGUAAUCAGCCUGGAAGGAUCCCCUAUAUAAAUACUGCUCCCCUCCCCUCUCUCUGGCUUCGAUCGAGGCCUUUCAGACACAUCUGUUGGGUUUAGCUGUUCAUUCCAGUGUGGUUUGGAGAAGGGCAAAAGCAGAACCAGCACCAAUCGCGGGACUCCUGGGUGGGAUAUUGGGGGUGGGUUUGGGGUCAAGUGACAGAUAAAAGAAAAAAAAAAAAAAGGAAAUUCCACAAAUGCAGACUCUCAUUCCAGUUCACGCAACAUAAAGAAUAUGAACAAAACACACACUAAGGAAAAACAUUAAGAUACAACUGAGGAAGGAUGAUGGUAAACUGAAGUACACAUAUUGUUCAUGUUUAAGGACAGGGUUUUGUUCUUUCCGGGUUCCAUUUGAAUGAUUGCAGAGAAAGGGACAGACAAAAGAAAAUUAGUUUUCCAACCAUUGAAUCCUGAUAAAUAAUUGUUCCAACUACAUUUUUUUUUGCCAAACUUCUAGUUAAGUUUUGUAAGUGUGUGUAGUUGAGACUAGGUGUAGUAUAAACUAAUUCACUCUUGAUUGCACAAGAUGUAACAAAACUUUCUCUGGGGGAACACGGUUAAAUAUAUAUAUUUUACUUUUUCGUUUUGUUAUUCCAUUGUGUGUUUUUUUUUUUCUUUUUUUUUUUUUUUUUAACAUGCAAAUUCCAAAACUGAGUGAUUCCUUUUUAUUCCAGUUCUUGGUCAGAAAACCAUGACAUUUGAUGUAGUAAACAGAUGACAUUCCUUGUACUUGUUAAAACCGGGAUCCUAUUGAUUUAAAAACGUUGGUGUUAUUAAGGUGAACUUAUGAUGGGGAGAGAUGUGUAUAUGAAAGACCAGCGGUCAGAGUUAAGACUGAAUAUUGAAUGGUGGAUGUUUUGUAUCGUCUCCUUAUCUCUAAUAAAAAGCACUAAACUAC